AUGUCUUCCAAACCUUUAUUGAUCGAUUUUCCAAUCAAAAUAACUCAUCAGAUUCUCAAUAAACUGGAUAUCUUCUCUAUCCUGAAACUUCGAAAAGUGUGUCAUUCCCUACGUGACGCUAUCAAUAAAACCGCGCCGAAAGCAAUUUCUUUUGGAAUUUCACUACAGGAAAUAGAUAACGGGUGUUGGGUGACAUGGAGCAAGGCCGACGUUCCGUCUGAACAAUUUCAAAUUGUCAGUGAUAAAAAUGUAAUGGAAUGUUGUUUGGAAGACCUUCAACUGGUUAUGAAACACCAUCAAACGGGAGUUCUGCAAUCCGUUUGGUUUGAAAAUUCUGAAGGAUCUGAAAUAAGUGAUUGUCUGGAAAAUCUGGUUGCCAGCAAUACAAUUUUACACGCGAAGAAAGUGACAUUUUACCGUUACUCGCUGAAAAACAUACUGAAAUGCUUGCCGAGUUUGGAUGCAGACACUUUGGAAAACAUUUCUGUACUGGGAAAUUCAAAGCCUAGCGAAACAAAUGAAGCUGCCUGGAACAAACUAGUGGAACUGGAACAGUGGAAGAAAGCAAAAUCUGUGGACUUCACGCUAACAGGAUUCAUACCUCAAAUUCAAGAUUUUCUACAUUUUUCGAAAGUGGAAAUUGACGUGAAAAUGAUUUCGGUUAAGGAUGUUGUUUUAGUGAAAGAGGAUUCCAUAGCAAAUGUUGUUGACCUGACGGCAGAAAGAGACGAGAUGAAUAUAAGUACGGAUAUCGGCUCGGAUUCAGAUGUGAACGUAGAGCUCAACGGAAUUGAUGGGAUCGAGGGCACUCAGCUGAUGACACAGGAGCCGGUGAAAAACAUCGACAAAAAGGAGACGUCGGGCACUGCUUUCCGGCACCCAAGAUUGCCCGGAUCUUUACUAUCUCUGAGAUUGAAAAUUAUGGCAAAUGAUACAUCAGUCCGACGAUUUCUACAGUCUGACACUGAGCAGUCGACAGUCGAACUAUAA